GGUGUCUUCGGCAUGCUGGGGAGGGAGCAAGGCCGGCCUUGAAGCUCUGUUGUUGUUUGUACAUCAUGGCUGCCCGUCUGCUCCACCAUGUGGAAAUAGGCGUCAAAAAUGGCCUGGAAACCGUUCAUAAGUUCAUAAUUCGUUACAAAUUCCGCCCUGUAGCUUGUCGGGAAAAUGAUAUUUCUAAACAAUGGUUAUUGUUAGCCGGAUCUACCCGCUUUGUUGUGACUGAAGCAAAGAAAUGUUGGCCAUCUCGAAGCAUUUUGUAUGCCGGUAGUACAUUUUAUGCAACACCCUGUAAAUUACAUAACAAGUCCUGCCAGAAAGGGGACGAUGUUUCAUCAGACUCCAAGAGGACUAAGCUUGUUGCAUCACUACAAGAUAGCAAGGAAAACAGUUAUGAUUAUAUAUGUCACUGGCACUCUGGGCAGGAGCAAAAUACUGCAAUAAAAGCCGAAGAUGACAGCAUUGCUAUUGGCAAUAGCGGCGUCAUAAGCACUGGAUUAGAACAUGCAGAUUCAGUUUUCAAUGUGGCCCUGGAAGUAAAUAAUGUUGCAGACUGUGUCAAGAGAGUAUCAGAUAAUGGUGGGGAAAUUAUCCGCUUGCCGAGGACAGUUCGGGACGAUGAUGGGCAUGUGACUUACGCAACAAUAAAAUCGUGUGUUGGAAACGUAUUGCACACUCUUAUUGACUCGUCAAAUUACAGAGGAGUGUUUUUACCAGGGUUCAGCUCCGUGAACUGUGAUCAGGACCUACCUUUCGUCAAUCAAGCAGAAAAUUGUGAUGAUAAUAAAGUGACAAGCCCGUUUCAAGGAAUAGACCAUGUUGCCUUUGCUUUAAACCGAGGAUAUUCACGGGAUGUCAUGAAGUGGUACAAUAAAGUAUUUGGGAUGGAAAAGUUCAAAAUCAACCGAGAUGAAGAUGAAGAAGAAGGAUUUGUUCUUAAAGGAAACAAUAUUGGCCUCAGGCUUAGGGCCAUGAACUACAGAAGUUGCCAUGAUCAGGGGGACCAGAGCACUGGUCUGAAGUUUGUCAUGGCAGAGUCACUACCUCAUCAGGGUCCAAACCAAGUGGACACCUUCCUCAGGGAACAUGGAGGACCUGGCGUUCAACAUAUAGGCUUAUACUCCAAUAACAUAAUCGAUGCAGUUCAGAGUAUGGCAGCAAGUGGAGCGUCUUUCAUGGACACUCCUCCGACUUAUUACUCAAAGGUGGGCAAGCUGGAGGAAAUAGAGUCAUCGGGAGAGGACCUUGACAUAUUACAGAAGUAUGGAAUCCUUCUGGAUUCGGAGGCAGAUGGGAAUGUAGGCACUACUGAAGAGGAAAAGUACUUGAUGCAGGUGUUCACAAAACCACUCUUCGAUCAUGACACAUUCUUUCUGGAGAUCAUUCAGCGGUGUGGAGCGACAGGUUUUGGUGCUGGAAAUAUCUCAGCAUUGUGGAGAUCAGUAGAGGCAUUUUUUCAAUCAAAGAAAAAGGCCAAGUUACAGGGGGAUGGCAGCUGUUGAUGAUUGUGUGUUUAGGACCAAGUAACCAUUGUUAUAGGAAUUGAGGUACUUUGAGAAAAUCAAGGACAGACGUUUUUGCACUUAUGUUGUUGUGAGAAAAGUUUGAUCUUGUGGCAUGAAUGUUUGCCCCAUGUAGCUUUUUGAAAUAAAUGCUUUAAAU